AUGGAGACCGUACUUGAUUUCUUCAGAAAGUUGGGACUACGUCAAGUCCUAGUUACGAAGAAUGGGUGAGUCACCGUUUUUCGUACGCAUUAAAAUAAGGAACAAUUUGCUGCUUGCGGUUUCUAAGAGGUUGUACAAUCUUCUCUGACACGAACCAAUUCCCCUUUAUCCCCAUUAGGCGCCUCUUGUCUCCUAAAGUAUAAUUGAGUAAUGGCAACCGAUACCUCAUUGGAGUUUCUUCAAUACUCGAGUAAAUUGUGCAUGUCUUUCCUUAAUUAGAUGUUCGCUUUCGGUGAACCUAUGUUGGUAUAUAUAGUUUCGUGAGCUUUGAAUCGCUAGUUCUUUUUCGUCAAAGGCUUAAAAGUUGAUUCUGAGAAACUUCUGUCCUUAUUAAGAGAAGCAGACCUUCCAUCGCUUCUUACCCUGGUAAAUGUUACAAACGGAGACCAUUGAUGUCCCGACCACAUGGUGCUGUCUCGGCCUAGGUUUUAAGCCGGGGCCAGUGGGUCAUUGAGCGUUUGAGUCCAGCGCUCUAGUCACCUAUUUCGUUAACUCUUCGUGCUUGUUUUGUGUAGAAAGGCGCUUUUCUUGACUUUUCAUUAAAAUUCUAAGUCCUCUUCUGAAGGAGCAGGAAACAUACAGUAAAGGGAGAAGUCAAACAAACGUGCCUCAUUUCAUAAAUGUAUGCGCGUGUUGUGUGUGUGUUUGCACCUGUCCUUAUUCAUGUCUUAGUGGUACGUCAUCAUACCGAUAAUGCUGUACAUAUCUCAGUCUUCUCGAUUUUCUUUUAUAUCAAUAGACUGCAGCCAUUCCUGCGUAAAUGCUUUAGAAUGUGAUCGCACUAUCUGAAUUUUCUGUGCAUUCCUCUCCGUCUUGAAUUGUAGGCGUCUUUUGGGAAUAAUAACUAAAAAGGACGUGCUCCGUCAUUUGCAGAGCCAAAAGCGCUGGUAGCUUCGCCUGUUUCAUGUGGCGCCGAUAUCUUCUGCGAAGAGGGGCUGUUUUUUCUUGCUGUUGUUUCAACUUGUUAAUAACCUACCUGGCAUUCUCCCGACUUUGAUUUCUUGCUCAUGACGGCGUAACUUCCGCUAAACCUCGAUUUCUCCCCGGCAAAAGCAUUAUAAACUCUCGUCCUCACCGCACUGGUCUGCUUUUCUGCUAAUACCGGUACAGAUUUUUACCGUCUCUUUUCAUCACAAUCUUGGCUUACUUGCCCUCAUCCAUCUGCGUUCCUUACACCUGACUUACUUUGAGCCUGACCCGCACCGUUUUCCAGCUGUCCACUUACUAUUAUUUAAUAUGCAGAUUUUGAUUUGUUACUAUUUUACCCCGAGAUGCGGUUUGUUCCAUUUUUGCAAACACAUGAUUUUGCACCACAAUUAAAGCCUACCCUUCAAUUGCCCUUGUGUCUGUUUUUUUUGAUUUCAAUGUCCUCCUUGUCUCGUGUCGUCUGCGAUUAUCCGCAGGUUGGCUGGGGUUUUCUUGUGUUCUUUACCUCCUGUGCUGAGCUUGAACAAUCUAACACUCAUCAGUACUCAACGUACUGCCAACCCCCCCAGCUAGCAUGUUCCGUCCUACAACCAGGUUCUUCGAUGAACACGGUCUGCAUGUAGCCUCGGGAACUGCUAGGUUUGUCUGCAUGUUCGCGCUGAUUCGUUCUUGUCCCAGUGUCACGCCAAAAGUUGGAACUUUCUAGAGGUAUGGCUACGUAGGUCUGGGCAAAUUCAAGGCGACAGAUGCAGUACGUUCAUCCGCAGCGAUUGCCUCCACCGAAAUGGUUAGUGUCCUUCUGGACAUAGUCGGAGUGGCGCUAAUUUUUCAUUUGAGAGGAUUUGCAUAUAAUGUGUGACUGGGAUAACACAGUCCGCUCAGCAGACUGAACCAGUUGUCCGCGGUGAUGGGCAAGUGUCUGCACGCACAGUCUCUAUGUCUUCUGAGUGCUAAACAUGCCAUACCACACAGUGUCUCCAUUUUGCUUUCAAGAAAACGAAAUAGCUCCUUACAAUUCAUGAUUCCAAAGAACUAGGAGUCUCCAAAUAGAUACGCCGGGUGCUCAUGUCAAGUACUUUGAGACCACAGACAUAGCAGCGCAAUUAUGCAAAGCAAGCCAAUAUGCGUCGCAUUAGGAGCAAUCCUCUGGGUCUCUGGCGUCCCAGCCGGGUGCAUUUACCUCUUCAUGUCGGUCCCAGUUUGUUCCGAUGCUCAGUCGAGAAGUGUAAUCAUUUGCUAUACUUAAACAAAUAAAGCUAUAAACCCCAAACACGAGUUGAUGCAGUACCUUCGACGUUGUAGGCGCAUGCAGCAUGGUAGGACAUCAUCACUUCUCAGAAGUCCGCAAAGGAAGACUGGGGGACAGUGAUAGGGUGUAGGACCCACAACUAACUUGAGCUAGCCUGUGGACCGUGUCACACUUUCAAUGGUGUUUGAGGGAUUUUACAGGGUGUGGCAACACAGGAAGGAGAGCCAGAAGACAGAAAAUAUAUAGAUGUCUGCAUAAAGUCUCGCCGUACGUUGUCAUUUGGCAAAGAAAAUGAACGCGAUAAUUGAAAAGCAAAAAGCAACUUUCGAAAAAUAACGGACUCUGAAGAAAGUGCCGUUGGUCAUUUUGCAUUUAGUCAGGAAGAGGAGGAAAUUUCAAACAAUGGAAAUGGCGGAUAGUAAGCGGUGUUUACAGUCACACUGAGUUUUAAGAUAUAUGUUUGUAGUGGCCCUCUACUUGUGGGUCCUGCACCCUAUUUUCACCAUACUAGGGUCUAUGAGGGCAUUGUUACCGUGGGCGCCGCAGAGGUUUUCCCCACGGAUUCCGUCAGCAACUGCCAAGUCCUUACUGAGUACGAGGGACAUGACCUCGGGAUUGACUGA